CAGACAUUUGCGACACAAGUGAAGGAGCUUCAGUCAGUGAUGUUUGAUGAGAAUUUGUCAGUGAUGCGCCAUGAAGAAACAUUUCUGAAGAGAUUUAAGGCACCCAUCACCUCCUGUCAUUUCCCCCAGCAACCGCUGAAUGAGACUCAUCUUUAGCUGACGCCCUUUGACUUUUUCAGUCUUAAAAUGGCAUUAGUCCACAUUAAGCGGGAGGCCAAUUAACUUAAGGCCUCCUCUGCCAAGUCAUUACGGUUUUAUACGAUUUGUGUGCAAUUCCUGAUCGUAAACUUUAAUGGAAAUGGUAUGCCCUUAGCAUGAGACGAGACGGAGGAGUUCGCAUUAAAAACCCAAAUGAUGGACAGAUUGUUUUCUGAGCAGCUCGAAGGCUGUUUGACUGCAUCCUCCUGGUGCUGAGGAGGAUUUCCGCAGCAUCUUUUCUUUGUGCCGAGUUGCUCCAACCUCGGGAGAGUCACACUGAACAUAUAAGUGCCCAAUCUUCUAAUGUAACCCCCGCGCUUCAAUACAGUUGAAGGUGUUUGCAGGCGGGACAAGGGUUGAACAUUACCUCACUCUGAAUGCUUUCUGGGGGGGGGGGGGGGGGGGGGGAGAAACGAGCGAGUAAUUAGCUGAUUAGAGGCCCGUCGGAGCAGCUCCGCUUCCAGCCAAUCCCGGCUCACUCCGGCCCCUUGAGGUGGAGAGGGGCGGCUGGCGGAGAGUCGCAUACCUUUGUAGUUUUAAUGGUGCAGAGCGAUAUGUAUGAGGUGCGCUUAAGAAGAAAGGAUGACUGGUUGCAAGCGCCAUAAAACAGCCUUGAAAUUGUGAUAACUCGUUAAUGAAUGUUGUUGUUUUUUUUUUUUCCCCUGCUCGCUCUCAGACUAAUUUUAUGAAAACGUCUCACUGAAGAGGCUUCACUGUCUGCGUGCUGACGCACGGCACAGGUGCGCACCUCCUCAGCUUGUUUUCGUCAAAAAGGCUUCAAAGUUUCAUCACUCCUUUAGGACGAUAUGGAAAAGUCCCAAAACUUCAGAAUCGACGCCCUCCUCGCCGAUGAGACUAACCGUGGCGGUCGAAACGUUUCCCCGAGCCUGAGCAGCGACAGCCCCGGGGGCAGCCCGGUCUCCUGCCACCGCGCCGACACCCCAUCCCCGCGGGGCGCUCACCUUCAGACGGGAAUAAUCCCCAAACCGAGCGUCCUAAGUUUCCCGCACCCAGGCCUGGCUUCUCUGACGCCGGGCGCCAUUCCCGGUAUGUACCCGGCACCGAUGUAUCCACUGAGCGCUCUGGGAGGGCAGCACCCAGCUUUCGCUUACACCGGCUUCACGCAGCUGACACACGGCUACCCGGAGCACCUGAAGGCGGCUGCCAUGGCCGGAUCACUGCCCCUGGAACACUGGAUCCGAGCCGGGAUCAUGAUGCCGCGGAUGCCGGAUUACACCUGUAAGUAUGAGCAAAUGAGAUUAACAGGCCCUCAGUCCGGCCUGUUGGGGAAAUGUCGCAGGCCUCGUACGGCCUUCACCAGUCAGCAGCUCCUGGAGCUGGAAAACCAGUUCAAACUAAACAAGUACUUGUCCAGACCCAAGCGCUUUGAGGUGGCCACGUCCCUGAUGCUGACCGAGACGCAGGUCAAGAUUUGGUUUCAGAACCGGAGGAUGAAGUGGAAGCGCAGCAGGAAAGCCAAGGAGCAGGCAUCCGCCUCCAGCAAGGCGGAGGGGGAGCAGCUCAGAAGUGGAGGAAAAAUAGCCAGCGCCAAAACAGACGAGGCCAGACGGGGUUUAAAUGUGGACGGCAGACGGGCAGAUUACGGGUUGGAGGACAGAGAGGACGGUGAGGAAGACGAUGAGGUAGACGAAGAGGAAGAAGAAGAGGACGAGGAGGAGGAGGACGGAAGCCAGCAUGGGUAUCGCAUCACUGUGAGCAACAAAGUUGAAAUAUCACGGUCCACAGACUUCUUGCAGCACAGCAACAAGCUCGGGUACGAUCCCCUCAGCCCGUUCUCUGAUGAUGAGCUGGAGGGGGUUCAGGUAGGAGGAGGAGGAGGAGGAGACCGGAAGAUUGGGGCAGGACUGUGAGGAGACCCCAGGAAGACCCUGAAUGUUACAGAGAUUUUACCAGGAAAACUGCUCAAAAAGCAGCUGUUUGUGUUUACUCUAAAAGACAGCUUCCAAAUCUGAAAAUGUGUCUGUUUUCAUUUCCAUCAAAAAAGGUUUUUUUUUUUGUUUGUUUGUUUUUUUAAGAAAAAAACCCCCACUAAUAAUUAACACAGCACAUUCUGGACAAAUUAGUAUCUGAAUAAAAUCACUUUAUGUACUGUAAACCUUGUAGCAUGUGAAAAAAUGAGAUUUAUCAUCCUGCAGAUCUGUCACUUAUUAUUUGUCAAAAUCCUGUUUGUUCCACCUGCUGACAGCUGGCGCUCAACCCUGCACACACACUUUCUGUAAAUGAAAGAUGUAAAGACAGUCUGAGGACAAACAGCUUGUGCUCCAUUCAGGAGUCACGAAGGUAAACAGGUUGCAUGGUACUCAUCACGUGUUGCAUUGUUUUAAUGUAAAUAUCACCGUUUGUCUGUCAUUUCUAACGUUGAUGAAUCCGUUCCUGUCACUGACAUGGAAGCGAAUGACUUUAAUUUAUUUGAAUGAUUGCAAAGAUUAAUUAGAGUCGUAUUUAUGUCUAACUUGUCUGUGGUACAACUGUGAAAUAAAAAAGCGAACGCAA